UUGGUCACACUUUUGUGUAACUGUGUUCUCGUGUAUGUGUGUGCUGCGUUUUUCUCGUUUUUACAACGUUUGUUAGUAAAAAUCCGUCAUAAAAGCUCUGUUGCAGGAAUAUUAGAGCAAAAAACAGAGCUGAUAUGUCGUUAUCAAGUCUUCUUCCCACGCCCGUCAACGCCGUUUGGGAUCGUGAAGAUGAGCGUCGUCUGGCGGCCAAGGGUGCUCCAAUGAUUGGUGCGCUGGUAUCCGCAAAAAUUGCAGCGCCACCCUAUGGACAACGCAAGGACUGGAUACCACGCACUGAAGCUGACUUUGGUGAUGGCGGUGCUUUUCCCGAAAUACAUGUAGCACAAUAUCCUCUGGGACUUGGCGCGCCUGCCAAUAUGGGGAAGAAAUCGGAUGCAUUGGCUGUGCGUCUGGAUGACAAGGGCAAAGUCAAAUACGAUGCAAUUGCACGCCAAGGACAUGGCAAGGACAAAAUUGUAUAUUCAUCAAUAACACAACUGCUGCCUGCUGAAGUUUUGGCCGAAGAUGCCGAUGAGUUGCAGCGUCCCGAUGAGGAAACAGUGGCUGAGACAACAGAAGAUACACGACUUGCUUUGGAAAAAUUGACAAACCAAAAGAUCACAUCGGCACUUCCAGUGCGUGCCGCUCAGAAAGCAGCUCCUGCACAGUAUAUACGCUAUACACCCUCACAGCAAGGCGAUGCAUUUAAUUCGGGCGCCAAGCAACGCGUCAUACGCAUGGUGGAGGCUCAGCUAGAUCCCAUGGAGCCGCCAAAGUUCCGCAUAAACAAAAAGAUUCCACGGGGACCACCCUCUCCACCUGCACCCGUUUUGCAUUCACCCUCACGCAAGGUAACAGUGAAGGAGCAAAAGGAAUGGAAAAUACCGCCCUGCAUAUCCAACUGGAAGAACGCCAAAGGUUAUACCAUACCACUGGACAAACGUCUGGCUGCAGAUGGACGUGGCCUGCAGCAGGUACAUAUAAAUGAGAAAUUCGCCAAGAUGGCAGAAGCUUUGUAUAUAGCAGAUCGUAAGGCACGUGUGGCUGUGGAGGCGCGCGCACAACUGGAAAAGAAGUUGGCACAAAAGGAGAAGGAGAAAAAAGAGGAUAUGCUGCGAAUGAUGGCGCAACGUGCACGUGAGGAACGUGCUGGCCUACGUAAUCCCGAUUUGGAUGCCAUACCAAGCUGUUCUAAUGGCGGCGGGGUCGAGGCACGCGAGCGCAAUGAUCUGCGUGCGGAGCGACAGCGCGAGCGUCAACGGGAUCGUAAUCUACAGCGUGCAGCACCCGACAAGCGAACCAAAUUGCAGCGUGAACGCGAACGUGACAUUUCCGAACAAAUUGCGCUGGGCUUGCCCGCCAAGAGCGCUGGCAAUGGAGAGACCCUCUUCGAUCAGCGCCUUUUCAAUACCACCAAGGGCAUGGACUCUGGCUAUGGCGAUGACGAGGCAUACAAUGUGUAUGACAAGCCCUGGCGUGAUUCCAAUACGCUGGGCGCACACAUCUAUCGUCCCAGCAAGCAGGCAGAUAGCGAUAAUUAUGGCGGUGAUCUGGAUGCCAUUGUCAACACCAAACGCUUUGUUCCCGACAAACAGUUUGCCGGCGCUGGCUCACGUGACGCGCCCACAGCUCAACGCAGUGGUCCAGUUGAGUUCGAAAAGGAAGAGGAUCCCUUUGGCUUGGACAAAUUCUUGAAUAUGGCCAAAAAAGCGCCAAAGCGUGCUGAGGAGAAAACUGCAAGCGGCAGCCAUUCCGAACGCAAACGCAGCCGACGGGAUUAAGACUUAAACUUAUAUUCGCAAUAUAAUCUUUUUUCUAAAACUUAAACUAACAUAUUGGAAGUUACAUAAAUUCAAGAAAUACAUUUAAAUAU